AGAGUCAUAACCCUAAACGCAAACACAUGUCAGGAGUCAUAAUUCUAUCAAGAGGCAUAACCCUAAAUCCAGUGUGUUUUUUCCUCCCAAACAAAUAUCAGUAGCCACAACCCAUAAAGGGAUAUAAUCCUUCACUGAAGAAUGAAGAUGGGAAACAAAAAGUCGCUUAUAGAAACUGUUUUUACAUACCAAUUAUUCAAUUAAGAAAAUAAAACUAUCUCCAAAUUAUAGGUAUGUUCUCUCUUUCUUUGCGAGGUGGGUAUAUGAUUGCUAAUUAAACCAAGAGACCGAUUUUAGUUUUAUGGAGAAUUGGCAAAGGUAAGAGCCAUAGUCCCAAAUUAUGGGUAUAUGUUCUCCUUUUCUUUUUCAUUCUAUUAAUUCAAGGGAUUUUUUUUUUCCGUGUGUGUGUUUUCACUUGAUUUAGUUAUUUCCCAUUAAUUGCUCAAUUUGUGUCACAUGAAAUAUUUUCCUGUCCUUUUUUAAAAAAAAAAUUGAAACAUCAAACAUUAAAUUGUGAGAUCUUUCAAUUACUACAUCUGUAAAAUUAUUAUUAAUUCGAUUACAAUGGUAAAUGAUUUUUAAAUUACUUCAUGAUGCAUGUGUUAAUUAUGUGUUCUUUUUCUUGCUCUUUUAGGUUUGUUUUAUAUAUUAUCUAGGAUUUUUAUUCAAGUUAUCAUCUUAUUAAAUUCGUCAUGACUUAGCUAAACUUGAUCAGUUUACCCUAUAUAUUUAUUCUAGAAACAAACGAUUCGAAACUUAAUUUGACUCGGAUUUCAAAUUAAAUUAGAUUUGUUUCACUUAUUGGUUCAGGACAUGUGUUCACUCAACAAUAGCAUAUUACAAAUUUAAUUUUGCGUUUGUAGUCCAAAAUCUUUAUAAAAAUAAAGAAUUGAAAAGGAGAGAAAAUUAUACUGAGAGCAAAUGCGCAGGAUAACGACUAGUGGUUAUUAAAUCCUCGUUCUCCCCAGAUGGCAACUAAACUUCCUACAGUUCAACAUUUCCAUAAAUUUCCUCUCACAGGAAUCUAAAUGUUGUCAAACUUAAGCCCUACCAACUACAAUUUCUGCACCUGCAUCUUCAAGGAAAAAAAAAAUGAAGAGAUCCAAAUCAACCCAACAAAGCCAAAAUCAACUUUUCCCGUUGAGGAGAUCAGCAAGAUUAGCAGACAAAUUUCAGAAGUUACCUGAUGAAUUGACCAUCAAAAUCUUUUCAAAAAUGGAAGAUGACCCCAAAACCCUCAUUCGAUGCUCAGCUGUCAGCAAGACUUGGUCUUCCUUUGUCUCCAAAACUGUUAAUCUCACCCUGAGAUUCUUGAGUACAGGUGAGAAGGGUCAUUCACUUCCAUGCUCAAAACGGCACCACCACAUUCCAUUACCUGCAAUCCCUGCUAUAAUGAAGGUGUUUGCAAAUCUGGAAUCUCUCAAAAUUAAGCUCUGUCGUUUCCCUUCUCCAACUGCACAACCUUGUUGUCAAAACUUCACCAAGAUGAAGGUUGAUUGGGAGGGUGAUGAUUAUCAUACUUAUACGUGCACGGCGUAUGAGGUUGGAUUGUUAUCAACUAUCAAAGGAGCUAUGCUGUUUCAUGAUUUCAGCAAAAGCACUUUUGCUGCCAUCCAAGGUUUCCCAGUCACCUACUUUUAUUGGAGAAUGUUAGAUCACCGGCCAAAAACACUGAGAAGAAUGGUGAUUAUGAGUUCAAAGAUGGAAGGGUUUAGAUCAGGAGGGAAGGUUUUUAUGAGAUACGAACAGCUCCCCAAUUUGCGUGAUUCAGUUUCGAAUUUAAGAGUGAACGAGAGAUGGCUUGAAGAUCCACAGAAUGUGGUUCACUGGCACAAGAAUCACUCGGACAAGGAGCAUUUUCUGCAAGAACAGGUGUGGCUUCUUUAUGAAUGGCAAUAUUUUGUAACUAACAGAGAACUUGAUAUGAAAGAAAUGAUGGUGAAGGAGACAGGUUAUACAGAGCUGUUGGAUGGAUUAGAUUAUGAUGGUGGUGGUGAUCAUAUUAGAAAACACUGAUCUGAUGAGUACCGACCGUAAUAAUUCUUGUUAGUGCAAAUGGAAGAUGAAAUGCUAUCAAUAAGGCUGAUGAAAUGCUCAAUGAACAAAGAAAGGCUUGUUUUGCCUCAAAGACAAGCUCCACAGAUCUUUUGUGUUUAUCUUUUUCUGCCGAAUAAUCCUUUGUGGAAACUAGAUGUGAAACCUUAAACAUUAUUUAGAACGGUUGAAAUGUAAGAUUUGUAGUCAUUGGCCAUGACAUUUUCUAUAGCUCUUUGGAUAAGGAAAA